AUGCAACCAGCCCAGAAAAACUCUGGCAACUCUGUGCCGAGGGGAAAUCUGCCUGGUCCCGAUUUCCUUCGAGCAAGUUUCGUCAAGAGGCAUUCUAUCACCCGGAUGGACAAAAGCAGGGCACGGCAAACAAAUGUCAUUGGGGGCCACUUCCUCGCAGAAGAUGUAUCUUUUUUCGAUGCUUCAUUUUUCAACUUUUCGGCAGAAUUAGCAAGUUCAAUCGACCCACAAUUCCGGCUGCAAUUGGAGUCCGUGUUCGAAGCGUUGGAAAGUGCUGGCAUACCUCUGGAGCAAAUAGCGGGGUCCAACACCUCGGUGUUCGCCGGCGUUUUCUUCAAAGACUACAACGACAGUCUCAUGCGAGACCCUGACAGAUUGCCUCGCUACUUGCUCACAGGAAAUGGAAGUGCAAUGGCGUCAAAUAGAAUUUCUCACUUCUUCGAUCUGCGUGGUGCAAGCAUGACGGUGGAUACAGGCUGUUCAACCACAUUGACCGCAUUGCAUCUCGCGUGCCAGAGCCUUCGAGCGGGAGAGUCCAAUAUCUCAAUUGUCGGAGGGGCAAAUCUGCUGCUGAAUCCUGAAAUAUUCGACAAUAUGACGAGUUUAGGAUUUCUGUCUCCAGAGGGAAGAUCUUUCGCAUUCGAUAGCCGCGCCACUGGAUAUGGCCGUGGCGAAGGAAUCGCUACGGUCAUUCUUAAACCUCUUGAGGAUGCUCUCAGAGACAAUGACCCAGUCAGGGCCGUGAUCAGACAUACGGCUAUUAACCAAGAUGGGCGGACCCCCACGCUGACUUCCCCAAGCCAAGAUGCUCAGAUAAAGUUAAUUCGAUCCUGUUACCGAGAUGCCGGCCUUCAUCCAUCCCAGACCGAUUACGUGGAAGCACACGGCACUGGGACGCAAGCCGGAGAUGUGGUUGAGGCAGGUACCCUAAGCACCGUAUUUACGGAAGACAGAUUGCGUGAUGAUCCCCUGUUGGUAGGCUCGGUGAAGUCGAAUAUCGGCCACACGGAAGCUGCCAGUGGCUUGGCGGCAGUGAUCAAGGUUGUCAUGGGCCUUGAAAAACGAUGCAUUCCUCCCAACGCAAACUUUGAGACGCCGAAUCCAAAGAUUCCGAUGGAGGAGUGGAAGAUCAAGUCGCCGGCAACACCAUACCGGGUAUUCCUUCUCAGUGCGAAGGAGAAGACCUGUGUUCAAGCGAUGGCAUCCAACCUAGUAAAAUACCUCAAGGACGUUGCCAGCACCGGAGAGGAUGAAGAAGAGUUCUUAUCGAAUCUCGCAUAUACCCUUGGCGAGCGCCGUUCCUUCUUCCAGUGGACGGCAGCAUACCCAGCAUCCACUAGGGCACAACUUAUCAGCGCGCUGGAAGACAACGAUAAUAGCGUUGGCCCCGCCCAAUCUUCCGAGACACAGCCCAGGGUCGGCUUUGUUUUUACCGGACAAGGGGCGCAAUGGUAUGCAAUGGGUCGAGAACUUAUCCAAGCAUACCAUGUUUUCAGAGCUGCCCUAGUUGAAGCAGACGACUAUGUGACAAGCUUCGGGGCUGAAUGGAGUCUCAUCGAUGAGCUCAUGCGAGACAUGGAGACCUCGAACGUGAACCAUCCUUCGCUCUCCUUGCCACUUUGCACCGCGCUCCAGAUCGCACUUGUGGAGCUUCUCCGAUCAUGGGGUAUCACCCCUGUUGCUGUGACGGGGCAUUCCAGUGGCGAGGUGGCCGCUGCCUAUGCUGCCGGGGCAAUUGAUUUUAAAUCCGCCAUGAAAAUCGUGUUUUUCCGGGGGGCAUUGGCGACCCGCUUGGGGGAGAGAAGGACCUCAGAGACUAGCGGUGGCAUGCUUGCUGCUGGUUUGAGCCACGAAGAUGCGGACCGUUACAUCGCGAAGCUCACUAUGGGAACGGUAGUUGUCGCUUGUAUCAACAGCCCUAAUAGCGUCACUAUCUCCGGAGAUCUCGCAGCCAUCGAGGAAAUCGAAGCCCUACUCGUUGCCGAUGGAAUUUUCGCACGAAGGCUGAAAGUCGGCACCGCCUAUCAUUCGCACCACAUGCAAGCGGUUGCAGACGACUAUCUGGCAUCUUUGCAGAAGAAUCUUGGGACAGAGAGCGGAGUUGAUCAGACCGUCCCUUUCUACUCUUCCGUCACUGGCGAACGUAUCGAGCCCGUGUCGAGGAUCCAUAAUAAUCCCGAGCACUGGGUGAAGAGUAUGGUCCAGCCGGUAUACUUCCAGGACUCGUUUACCAACAUGUGCACGACAGUCAUGCCUGGGUCGGCAAAGCCAAGUCAGAACGUCGACAUUAUUCUGGAAGUCGGACCCCAUAAUGCGUUAGCGGGUCCCAUCCGGCAAAUCCUUACGCUCCCAACCUUCCAAGGCAUGCCGAUAUCCUAUACCACAUGCCUGGUUCGGAAUGAGAAUGCAGUGGAGACGAUGCAAAAGAUGGCGUGCACGUUGCUCCGCAAAGGACGCCGUGUAAAUCUGCACUCGGUGAAUUUUCCAACUGACGAGCAACAUCUUCGAGUGCUUUUCGAUCUCCCUUCGUACCCUUGGAACCACCAAACUGGAUACUGGAUUGAGCCUCGCGCGAGCAAGGAGCGCAAGUUGCGCUCACACGGCCCCAGCGAUCUCAUAGGCUGUUUAUUGACAGAAUCAAACAGCCUAACACCGACAUGGACUCAUCGCAUCCGGGCCCUGGAUAUACCAUGGUUGCAGGAUCAUCGAGUGCAGUCGGAGAUCAUCUACCCAGCGGCAGGACUCAUCUGCAUGGCCAUUGAAGCCAUGACCCAGACCCAAGGCUCCAAAUCUAGAGACAUCGCAGGCUUUAAGUUCCGGGAUAUUGACAUUAUGACAGCACUUGCGGUUCCCGAUGAUGGUGUAGAGGUUCAAUUUUCCCUCCGUCCUGGUAGCGACAAGACAUUGUGGAGCAACGAUUGGCAGCAGUUUAGCAUAUAUUCCUUGGCCAGCUCAGAGACCUGGGUCGAAAAUUGCAAGGGAUUUAUAUCCGCGACGUUCGUCGCACCUGAUGAUAGCAGCAAAGAUGGUCCGCAAGGGGAGGAUCAUGUCUCGCAAAGACUACAAUUCGACAGCGACUCAGGAGUGUACACGAGACGAGUGCAGCCGAGCGACGUGUACAGGACGCUCCAGUCUGCCGGCAUCCACCAUGGCCCUGCAUUCCAAAACCUGCUUGCAUUACGCGGUGGCCAGGGGCAAUCUCUGGGCACAUUUACCGUUGCUGCAAGUAAAGCUGCGUCGCCGACGCCGUCCCAUCAGCAGCAUCAGAUGGUGCUGCAUCCAACAACGCUCGAUUCUGUAUUCCAGGCCGCCUAUGCUGCACUUAGCCCUCACGAUCUCAAAACGAAAAAUGCAAUGAUACCGAGGUCAGUGAAAUCUAUGUUCGUAUCUUCGAACAUCAGUCGAGAGCCCGGCCAUGUGUUCAAAGCCCAUACGGCACUCCAACGAUACAAUUCUCAGGGAUUCACAGCCUCGGUAACCGUAGUCAGUGACAGGUCGGACACCGACCUGUUGCCGCAAAUCGAAAUAGAGGGCCUGCGUUUCCAGUCCAUGGGAGGAGGCGUCGGUGGAGAGGAAGACCCUCGUGAGAAUCGGGGCCGAACUUUCCUCAUGAAAUGGGCACCAGAUAUCUCCUGCAAUCGACUGGCAACACAUCUGAAAGGGUCCCUCCACCUUACCUGGGAGCCCUCCACAGUGGACAUAAUCAUGGACAUCAGGCGUGCAUGCUUCCACUUUAUCCACAACGCAUGCCAGUCACUCAGCGAAGCGGAUAUUCUGCAGCUAAACUGGCACCAGAAGCGCUUCUAUGACUGGAUGAAACUUCAAGUUCAACCGCCAAGCCUCAAUGGAUUUGGCCGCCCUCGAGGAACAUCCCACGGUGAAAUUCUGGAUAACGCAGAUCAAGAGGUCCUCUUCAAGAGAGUCAGUGCUGCGAGCGUGAAUGGUCAAAUGGUAUGUCGCAUGGGACAUAAUCUCGCUUCCAUCCUGCGAAACCAAAUAGCACCCUUGGAGCUCAUGGUGAAGGAUUCGCUUCUACAUACGUACUACGCCAAAGGGUUGCGGUGGAAACAGUCCUAUGUGCAAAUCAAGCAGCUUGUUGAAUUGUUUGCUCAUAAACACCCACGGGCCCGGGUUCUCGAGAUUGGCGCCGGUACUGGAGGCUGCACUGAAGCCAUUCUGGAAGCGUUCAGGACGGGGGAUAACACGCAGGACGUCCGCUUAGCUCACUACGAUUUCACAGAUAUUUCGCCUGCGUUCUUCGACAAGGCACGUCAGAAGCUGAGCCAGUGGAGGGAUUUCGUGAGCUACAAAGCUCUUGACAUCGAGAAGGACCCCGCGGAGCAGGGAUUCGAAUGCACAACUUACGACCUAGUCAUUGCCUCUCAGGUUCUACACGCCACUAAGGCCAUGGAUCAAACCAUGAGCAAUGUGCGGAAGUUGCUGAAACCUGGCGGUCGACUCCUUAUUAUCGAAUGCACUAGGGAUGAGCUUGAACUGCAGUUGAUUUUCGGCCCCCUUUCGGGAUGGUGGUUGGGACAAGAGGAAGACCGCCAACUGAGCCCAUCGCUAACCAUUGAUGCGUGGAACUCGGUUCUUUUGAGAACCGGCUUCAGUGGCGUCGAGUUCGAAGUCCCCGACAAUGAAAACAGAGAUCUCUACUCCCUGAGUGUGAUGAUGUCCAGCGCACGCCUUGCUGCUCCCACAUUUCAUCCACAGAUCCUAAUUGUGCACGAUGGGACACCACCUCCAGACUGGUUAAACAGCCUGCGUGCAUCCAUUCAAUCCGUGACCACCUUCACGCCGCAGGUAGAACACCUGAAACACGCGGUCGGAGAAGACAAGGUCUGUAUCUUUGUGAGCGAAGUAGAGUGGCCAUUACUCGCAGAGCCAAGCAAAGAAGAGUUUUUGAAGCUCAAGGAUCUAACCACCCGUGCCAGAGGUCUUCUCUGGCUGUCCAGUGGUGGUGUGAUGGCCUGUGAGCGGCCCCAGAGCAGCCUUCACACAGGCCUCCUCCGUACCUUGCGGUGUGAGUAUAAUGAUAAACGAUAUGUUUCUCUGGAUCUCGACCCAACGUCCGAUCUGUAUACUCCAGCCUCAAUAGGUGUGAUUACGGACGUUUUCAAACGCUCGUUCGAUAGCUCGAGAGAUCCUACCCUUCUGGACUUCGAAUGCGCAGAAAGACUGGGGAUGAUCUACAUCCCGAGGGUCUUUCCUGUCCCUGAGGAAGAAACCAAUAGCCCUAAUAAUGAACUUCACCCCCGACUCGAGGCCUUCUAUCAGCCUGAUUGGGAACAACGCUUGGCGGUUCAAACGCCUGGUUUGCUCAGUAGCCUCGGAUUCUCGGAGAUCCCUGUUGACGCCGAGGAGCCUUUCGACGAGGACAUGAUUGAAAUAGAGCCGCGAGCAUUCGGACUGAAUUUCCGAGACGUAAUGAUAGCGAUGGGCCAGCUGAACGAAGAGAUUAUGGGAUUCGAAUGCAGCGGCGUGAUUACGCGGGUUGGGACUGCAGCAUCGUUGCAUCAGUUCAAGGUAGGGGACCGAGUGUGCGCUCUUUUGAGAGGACACUGGGCGAAUACAGUGCGUGUGCACUGGACUAGUGUGUGCCAAAUUCCCAAUUCCAUGUCCUUUGAAAUUGCAGCGUCCAUUCCCAUGGCGUUUACCACGGCCUACUACGCUCUUCACACCACGGCACACCUGCAAACGGGGGAAAGAGUACUAAUCCAUUGUGCUGCCGGCGGCGUGGGCCAGGCUGCGAUUAUGCUUGCGCAGAGGGCCGGCGCCGAAGUGUUCGUCACUCUGGGUUCGGCGGAGAAACGACGGUUUAUCACCGAGACAUAUAACAUUCCCGACGAUCAUAUCUUUUCCAGCAGAGACCCUUCGUUCUCCCGAGCGGUGAUGGCCAUGACAGAGGGCCGGGGUGUGGAUGUGCUUCUGAAUUCCCUAGCAGGGGAACUGCUUCAAGAGAGCCUUAACUGCCUGGCACCGUUCGGACGUUUUGUGGAGAUUGGCAAACGGGAUCUUCAACAGAACAAUUAUCUAGAAAUGGGCCCCUUUAUCAAGAACAUUACUUUCGCUGCGAUUGAUCUGAUUGCCAUAGGAACUUACAGGGGCCCAGACGUCGCUCGUAUUCUGGCAGAUGUCAUAGCGCUGUUCGAGGAGAACGCUCUGCAGCCGGUACAGCCAGUGACGCCCUAUCCACUCUCACAGGUCAAAGAGGCAUUUCGACAAAUGCAGGCAGGGAAACAUAUGGGAAAGAUUGUGGUAGUCCCGACGAAGGACGAUCGUGUCAAGAUGCUCUCACUGCAACGCCCUAUCCGCCUAAUCCGCAACGCCACGUACCUAAUUGUCGGAGGACUGGGUGGGAUUGGACGCUCCGUAUGCCAGUGGAUGGUGGAUCAUGGCGCUCGACAUCUUGUUCUGAUUUCGCGCAGCGCUGGAACUCAGAACCGAGACCAGUCGUUCCAGGACAGUGUCCAACGAUCCGGUGCUGUGGUUCGCCUUCUGAGCUGUGAUAUCGCGAAUCCAUCACAAUUGAAAGCCACCCUCGACGAAUGCAAGGAGUCUAUGCCUCCAAUCCGAGGCGUGAUUCAUAGCGCCAUGGUGCUUCGGGAUUCCAUUUUCGACGAUAUGUCAGUGGAACAGUACCAAGCAGCCGUCUCGCCAAAAGUUCAAGGAACUUGGAACCUGCACCAGCUCCUCUCGGAGACGUACCUGGAUUUCUUCAUCAUGCUAUCCUCUCUCGCUGGGGUAACGGGCAACACCAGCCAGGCCAACUAUACCGUUGGGGGAACUUUUCAAGAUGCCAUUGCCCGACACCGAAGCGCCCGGGGCAUGCCCGCGACAUCCCUGGAUCUAGGAAUGGUGCAAUCUGUAGGCUACGUCGCCGAAACGGAAGGCAUUGCACCUCGUCUAGAGCGAAUGGGGUUCGAACAACUCGAUGAAGCCGAGGUGCUUGGUCUCGUGGAAUCAGCCAUCCGAAUGCCGCGGCGGAAGCUGGCAGACUCCCAGAUCAUCACAGGGAUUGCUAGCACCGCCGCUGGUUUGCCCAACGCGUUCUGGAGUAAGGAUGCCAAGUUUGCUGGGCUUUCUCAGCAGGCACAGAGAUCGGCUGCUGCGCCACAAAGAGGCGAGUCGUGGGCUAUGCUUACCGGCAGUCUCACGAGCCAGUUGGUGGGCAUAUCCUCAUCGGACGGGAAGGUGGACCUGCUUUGCACAAUCAUCAGCCAACGCAUAUCGGAAAUGUUUCUGGUCCCCGAGGAGGAUAUCAAGAAGGAGCAUCCGCUGACGAAGUAUGGCCUGGACUCCCUUGUCGCGGUAGAGAUCCGCAACUGGCUGGUUUCACUCACGCAAACGGAGCUUACCACAUUUGACAUUUUGCAGAGUCCUUCUCUGGAGGCGCUGGCCAACAAAGUACUGCAGAAGAUUAUGGCCCGUCCAAGUUUUAAACAGUCGUGA